AUGUCACAGGCGACAGAUCGCAUCAAAGCCUCGCACCCCUGGUCACUGCCCUGCGGGGACUUGUCCCGAAAAAGGAAGUCACAGAAAAAAGAAGGAAAAAAAAGAAGAAAAAAAGAAGAAAAAAAAGAAGAAAAAAAAGACAGAAAAAAAAUUAAAAAGACAAGGAUGAAAAAAGAAAGAAUUAAAAAUUAGAAAAAAGAAGAAAGAAGAAAUAAAAAGAAAAAAGAAAACAGAAAAAGAAAAAAGAAAAAA